UCUUUUCAUGCCAGCGCCAACAGGAGGCUGUUUGGACACACUGAUUACUCACUCACCAGCCUCCCUCUUUUGUCCAGCAGCCCAGCCUGACUCCUGGAGAUUGUGAAUAGCUCCAUCCAGCCUGAGAAACAAGCCGGGUGGCUGAGCCAGGCUGUGCUCGGAGCACCUGACAGGCCCAACAGACCCAUGCUGCAUUCGGAGACCUCCCCUGCCCGGGGGUACUUCCUGGCUGUGCUCCUGGCCCUCCUUGGCACCACCUGGGCAGAGGUGUGGCCACCCCAGCUACAGGAGCAGGCUCCGAUGGCCGGAGCCCUGAACAGGAAGGAGAGUUUCUUGCUCCUUUCCCUGCACAACCGCCUGCGCAGCUGGGUCCAGCCCCCUGCGGCUGACAUGCGGAGGCUGGACUGGAGUGAAAGCCUGGCCCAACUGGCUCAAGCCAGGGCAGCCCUCUGUGGAACCCCAACCCCGAGCCUGGUGUCUGCCCCGUGGCUCACCUUUCAAGUGGGCUGGAACGUGCAGCUGCUGCCCGCGGGCUCAGCGUCCUUUGUCGAAGUGGUCAGCCUGUGGUUUGCAGAGGGGCAGCGGUACAGCCACGUGGCAGGGGAGUGUGCCCGCAAUGCCACCUGCACCCACUACACGCAGCUCGUGUGGGCCACCUCAAGCCAGCUCGGCUGUGGGCGGCACCUGUGCUCUGCAGGCCAGGCAGCGAUAGAAGCCUUUGUCUGUGCCUACUCCCCCGGAGGCAACUGGGAGGUCAACGGGAAGACAAUCGUCCCCUAUAAGAAGGGCGCCUGGUGUUCGCUCUGCACAGCCAGCGUCUCGGGCUGCUUCAAAGCCUGGGACCACGCAGGGGGGCUCUGUGAGGUCCCCAGGAACCCUUGUCGCAUGAGCUGCCAGAACCAUGGACGUCUCAACAUCAGCACCUGCCACUGCCACUGUCCCCCUGGCUACACGGGCAGGUACUGCCAAGUGCGGUGCAGCCUGCAGUGUGUGCACGGCCGGUUUCGGGAGGAGGAGUGCUCGUGUGUCUGUGACGUCGGCUACGGGGGAGCCCAGUGUGCCACCAAGGUGCAUUUUCCCUUCCACACCUGUGACCUGAGGAUCGACGGAGACUGCUUCAUGGUGUCUUCAGAGGCAGACACCUAUUACAGAGCCAGGAUGAAAUGCCAGAGGAAAGGUGGGGUGCUGGCACAGAUCAAGAGCCAGAAAGUGCAGGAUAUCCUCGCCUUCUACCUGGGCCGCCUGGAGACCACCAACGAGGUGACUGACAGUGACUUCAAGACCAGGAACUUCUGGAUCGGGCUCACCUAUAAGACUGCCAAGGACUCCUUCCGCUGGGCCACAGGGGAGCACCAGGCCUUCACCAGUUUUGCCUUUGGGCAGCCUGACAACCAGGGGUUUGGCAACUGCGUGGAGCUGCAGGCAUCAGCUGCCUUCAACUGGAACGACCAGCGCUGCAAAACCCGAAACCGUUACAUCUGCCAGUUUGCCCAGGAGCACAUCUCCCGGUGGGGUCCAGGGUCCUGAGGCCUGGCCACACGGCUCCCUCGCCUGCCCUGGGUGCACCGGCUCUGCUUACCUGUCUGCCCACCUGUCUGGAACAAGGGCCAGGUUAAGACCACAUGCCUCAUGUCCAAAGAGGUCUUAGACCUUGCACAAUGCUGGAAGUUGGGCAGAGAGAGGCAUGGAGGCCAGUGGGGGCCAGGGAGUGAGUAUUAGA